GAAAGUUUACCAAUGGUCCGAUGAAUGGUAAUUUUAAUUUGACGGAAACAACAGAGUUACCCUGCCAGUUUGAUUACUAUGAUAUUAUUUCUGAAACAAACAGAAAUUUGACCAGUUUGACAGUAACACGUCCUGAAACAGUUACAAUGAAUAAUUCACUUCAUUCAUCUUAUCGUUAUUAUCCACCGGUAGAGUUUACACCAACAACUCCACCACCAAAUUUAGUUGAAAAAUAUAAAAAUUCUACUGAUUUAUGUUAUAAUCAUAGAGUACAGAAUGAUUCACAAUUAAAUUAUUCUCAUAGAAAUUUAAGAACUGAUUUAAAUACUGAAUGUCUAACAAACACAUGUGAACCAGUGAAUACAUCAGGCAGUGAAAUGCAAUUCAUACGAAAUUCAUCAAAUAAUAUAUCUCAACAAACUAAUAACAUAGGAAUGAAAAAGAAUUUACAGAACACUAUUACUGCUACUACUACUACUACUAAUACUACUACUAAUAAUAAUAGUAAUAAUACCAUUGAUAUUCCAGUAUUUCAUGGGCGACAGCGUAGUAUGCCUAUAUUUAUGCCAUCUUAUACAAUAUACGAUGAUAAUGUACCAGAUAAAAUCAAUAAUGAAAUCACAAUCGACACAGAGAAUUCUCAUGAAUCAAAUCGAUUGACAAUAAUUGAUAAAUCAACUAGACCGAAUACAACUAGUGUUCUAAGUAAUUCUACAACUGAUACAGAGAUAAAAAAUCUUCCAAAAAUUCAUAGAACAACAUCAAAUUCAAGUUCAUUAAAUUUAGUUAUUGAUAUUCAUUUACAUGGUGUUAGUUUACCGGAUAAUCGUAUGACACAAAGUUGUAUACAAGAACAAAAUUUUGAUAAAUCAAUAGAUGAUAAAUUAUUAAAUAAAAAGCAUUAUAGUAAAUGUUCAAUGGAAGAACUUUUAACAAAUAUGAAUUAUUGUACAUUAAGAGAUAAAUCACAUAGAGCGAUAUCAUUAAUUGAUCAACAAAAUUCAUCAUCACAAUCCUCUUCAUAUGAAUUAAAUACUGAAGGAAGUCGAUUAAGUCAAAGAUUGAAUAAGUUACUAUGGAAUAAACAAAAUGAUUUUGGGAAUAGAAUCAAUUCAAAUGAUACAAAAUUAGAUAAUGUAAAUGAAAAUAAAAUGAAAUGUUCAAUGGAUACAAACGGUUGGAAUUCACACAUUCAUAAUUAUAAUCAUAAAUCAGAUGAUAUCAAGCCACGUCUAAGAAAUCGACAUCAGUUGUAUAAUCAUCAUCAACAUCAUCAACAUCACCAACAUUCUAAAGGAUAUGAUCAACCAAUAUAUAUGGAUCAAACAAAUGGAACAUGUGCGGAUGAUUUACGUUUACGUCGUACACCAAUGCCUGUUCAUCGACAGUUGGUAAAUAAUUCUAAAGGUAACAAAUUAAAGUUAUCUACCAUUAAUCGAUAUCCUACCAUGCCAAAUAUUAUUAAUUCAUCAAAAAAUUCCGAUUUCAUUGAACCGAAUUCAGGAACAUUUUCACAGUCGGUUGAUAUUCCAUUGUUGAUUCGAUUGCUUCAAUCAUCCGAUCCAGAUGUUGUAUCAAAUGCAGCUGCUUAUUUACAACAUUUAGUUUAUCGUAAUCCAAGUUUAAAAGAGAAAACACGACUUUCUGGUGGUAUAUCAACUUUGGUUCAAUUACUCUACUCAGAUCAUACACGUAUUUGUCUCAAUGCAGUCGGAGUGUUACGUAAUCUGACAUGUGGAGAUACAUUAGCUAUAAAAAAAGAAUUAGAACGUGUCGGUGGAAUACGUGCAUUGGCUUGGUUAAUUGAAAAUCGUCAAGUCUAUGGAACAACAACUGAUUCAUUUAAAGAUUUAAAUUAUUAUAGACUAACAACUAAUGGUGGCACAGAAUAUGAUGAUUUACAUCAAGCUGUUAAAUCAAUCUUAGAAAAUGCUGCCUCUGUUCUAUGCAAUCUAGCAUCAGUUAGUUGGUUAAAACGAAGUGUUCUACAAGAAGCACUAAUUCCAAGUUUAUUAAAUGUGAUAAUUGUGCCAGCAGCAACAGAAACAUCAAUUUAUGCAUCAAAAGAUAAUGGAGCUCAGUCAAUUAUUAAUAGUAUUCUAUUUCGUAUAGUCACAUCAUUGAUUCGAAAUAUCAGCAGUUCUGAAGAUGAUGAUGUUCGUGAACAAAUGCGUCAAUGUCCUCAACUUGCAACUAGCCUUUUCAGUAUAUUACGUUAUGCAGUAGAACAUCAAUUGUGUGAUAAAAGAUCAAUAGAACAUUGUGUUUGUACAAUUCGCAAUUUAUGUUAUGGUUUACAACAACGACAACAGACACAACAAUUAUCAUCACAAUCUUCUGUAACAUCAUCAAGUCAAGAUAGUAAAUCUCAAGAGAAACAACCACGUAAUGGUUCACUGUUAAGAAUUAAAUCAGCUAGUCUUGUAAGCGGUAGAAAGUCAAAGAGAUCAACAGAAGUCGAAGCAAAAUCUGAAUCAAUGCCAAAAUCAGUUAAUCAGUCGAAAUCCGAUAAUAUUCCUUCACCAUAUGGAGAUGUAGAUUCAAUCAGGACAUUGAUUUACUUAAUACAAUACAGUUCAAAUCCAUACACACUGGAAGCUGCUGCUGGUUCCCUACAAAAUUUAACAGCAGGAAAUGGAAAUUCAAGUGAAUAUAUACGAGAAAUUAUUCGUUUAAAUCAUGGACUACCAUUACUUGUUGAAUUAUUAACUAAUCCAAUGCAUAAUGUUGUUGCUACAGCAGCUAAUGCUUUACGUAAUUCUGCAUUGGAUUCAACUAGUUGUUAUCUAAUUGGCAAAUAUGCAUUAAAUCGUAUUAUACAUGCAUUAGAUCAACAUUCAUGUGGUAUUGUAUUCAAUCUACACUCGAAUCAUUGUAAACAAACACAAAUGAACAAAUUCAUUAAUACCAUGCAUCAUCAUUACAAUAAUAAUCAUAUUAAUAAUAAUAAUAAUAAUCAUAAUCAUUCUAAUUGUAAUUCUGAAUGGCAAUUACCAAUGUACACAUCAAAUUCAUUGGUGAAUAAAUCAAUGUGUUUAACAAAUCAUGAUUCGGUGGUACACUAUGAACAUGAUGAUGUUGAUGAUGAGUUGGUUAAUAUGCAAAAACAAUGUACCACCGGUCUGUUGAGUUUAUGUUGUGUGAUAAUAAAUAAAAAAUUGGAGAAUGCUAGACGUUUUGUUACAUUAGGAGGAGUUGAAAAAUGUCAAGAAUUAUUAAAACUAUGCAAUAAUAAUAAUAAUCAUUUAAUAAAAUUUAAUUAUACUUCUACCGAUCAAUUAAUGAAUGAAGAGAAUAAAACUAUUCAAAUUAUUAUUAAAUUAAUUCAUCAAUUAUUAUUUAUGUUAUGGGAAUUUACUGAAUUACGUCCAGUUUAUAAAUUGGCUGGAUGGACUGAAGCAGAUUUCUGCAUUCAUAAACGUAAUCGUUUAGCAAGCUUGAUAAGACGACGAUCAAAAAGAGUAGAACUACCACAAAGACGAGUACAUUCCAAUUAUAGACAAUAUACAAAUGGUGGUAGUGUUAGUGAUUCAGAAGAAAAUAAACGACAAACCAUUGCUUAUUCAUCAAAUCCAAUCAGAAAUAAUAAUGAAGCUAGUUUUGAUAAGUUUACAAAUCAUUGUGAUGAUUUAAAUGAAUCGGUUUAUAGUUUACAUGGUUAUCGGCCAACAUCAUCAUUAUCAUCAGCAGGCGCUUAUUAUUAUAUGCCAGCUCAAACAAUUGUUCAUGAAUCAUAUAAUUCCGAUGAAAUAAACGCUUAUCAUCAAGAUAGAACACAUGCAGUUUAUGUUGCACAAGGUGAUAUUAAUGAUGUAUCCAAAGAUAAUCAUAAUCAUGCUUUUGAAAUGAUUAAUUUGUAAAAUUGAUUUGUACUAUUGUGUAAUUGUAUGACAACUAACUUGCUUAGAUUUUAUAUCAGUUUUCUUUUUCGUUAAAAAGAAAAAUACCUUUUCAUUUUACUAUCUUUGCAAGCUUAAUCAACAUCUCCAUACCAUUUCAGUAAAUAAGAAUAUAUCAUUGUAAAAUAAAAGUUUGCAUCUAACGGAUGGAUGGAUGUCAAUUGUAAAAGAAACAAAGAGCUAUAUAACACUAUAACUGAUUUGAGUAUUCAAGGGUCAUUGUUUAAGUGCACUGUUUUCAUCAGUCACUGUUGAUCAUCCUACUGACUUUUGAUAUCAGUGGAAACAACCAAACUCACUAGCAUCUAAGUGCACUAAGUUGAUCACUUUGUAUUAUCUGAUGAAACGUGUGUGUGUGUGUGUGUGUGUGCAACUUCAAUAUGUCGGAUAUGAUCAAUUAAUUCACAUUCGGUCACACAAAUAUUAUCAGUUGGUUAAUUUAUUUUCCCUCUUUUCUUCUCUUUUUUCUAAUUUCCUAUAAUUUAUCCCUGUAGAUCUCAAAUUUUUGUUAAGAUAAUUCAUAAAUUGUAGACAACUUGUUUUAACAAAAAGAAAAAACUACCACGAUUAAAAUUGGAUUGUUGUGUAUUGUCUAAU